AUGGUCGCCAUACCUACUCUCUCUCUCCUGUUGGUCCUGGCAGAGUGGGCAGGUCUGGUGGACGCCUCCCCCCACCUCCUGCUCCGGCCCAGCCCGCGGGAGCGUGAUGCAGGGGCCAUGAUGAACUUCAACAUCGCUGUGAUCCACGCCGGUGCUACGGUGCAGGCAGAGGCGGCGGUGGCGGGGCCUGGGGGAAGGGUGCUCUACCCCGGUUUCGGCCGGGUAUACGGCUCCCUGGGGGAGAGCGUGGUCACCCAGUGGGGCUCUGCUAACGUCAUCUGGCUACAGGUGAAUGACAGUAGUCCUAAGACAGUGCUGUCCCAGCUGUGUGAGCUGCUGGCGGCGCGGCCCCUGCAAGGUCUGGUUUAUGAAGAGGAGAGGCCACCUCGCACGGCCUGGGGUCCUUUGGCCCCCAUGCUGGAGUUUGUCUCUGCGCAAACAGGACUGCCCAUAGUGGCUGUAGGAGGGGGAGCGGGGCUGGGGAGGAUGCCACAGGAAUCAGGUUCCAUCUUUCUCCAGUUCAGCUCCUCUACUGCCCUCCAAUUAGAGGUCAUCUUUGAGGUGCUGGAGGAGUAUGACUGGACAGCCUUUUCCGUGGUGUCCACACGUCACCAUGGCUACCAGGACUUCCUGUCUGUGGUGGAGGGCCUGACGGACGGCUCGUUCAUCGGCUGGGAGAAGAAGAGUGUGGUGAUCCUGAACGUGACCGAUGACCCUGGGGGGGCACGCACGCGCAGGCUGCUGAAGGAGAACGAGGCGCAGGUACGUUUGCUGUACUGCUCCCAGGAGGAGGCUGAGUUGGUCUUCCGAGCCGCCUGGGCCGCCGGUCAGGCCGGCGCUUCGCACAUGUGGUUUGCUGUAGGGCCAGCUCUCUCAGGUUUGGGCAUGGAGAACCUGCCCCGGGCUCUGUUUGCUGUGCGGCCCCAGGGCUGGAGGGACGAACCUCGCCGGAGGAUUGCUCGGGGUGUGUCUGUGCUGACUCACGGGGCAGUCGCAACGCGCAAAGAUUACGGGACCACGGGUGGGCCGAACUUUGUCACCAACUGCAUGACAGAUGCCAAUCAGACCCAGAGACUGCGGGGCAGAAUGAGAUAUUUCAGCAACAUCACGCUUGGUGGUCGAGACUACUCCUUCAAUAGUGAUGGCUACCUGGCCAACCCCUUCCUGGAUGUAAUUUCUUGGACACCUGGACGUGGAUGGGAAGAUGUAGGCUGGUGGGAGAACGGUGUGCUGAGGCUUCGGUACCCAGCCUGGUCCCGCUAUGGGCCUUUCCUCAAACCACCUGAUGAUGCCCAGCACCUGCGUGUUGUCACACUGGAGGAAAGGCCAUUUGUAAUCGUGGAGCUGGCAGACCCUGCAUCCGGGACCUGCAUCCGUGACUCAGUGCCCUGCAGACGACCCCUUAAUGCCAGUGCCAUCCACGAGGGUGUGGCUCCCAUGAAGCAGUGCUGCAAGGGCUUCUGCAUUGACAUCCUCAAGAGAUUAGCCAAGAUUGUCGGCUUCACCUAUGACCUUUACUUAGUGACCAAUGGGAAACAUGGGAAGAAAAUUGAUGGGGUUUGGAACGGCAUGAUUGGAGAGGUGGUGUACAAGCGAGCGGACAUGGCCAUUGGUUCACUGACUAUCAAUGAGGAGAGGUCAGAGGUCGUGGAUUUCUCAGUCCCGUUUGUGGAGACGGGCAUCAGUGUAAUGGUCUCCCGUAGCAACGGAACUGUAUCACCAUCUGCUUUCUUAGAGCCCUACAGUCCAGCGGUGUGGGUGAUGAUGUUCGUCAUGUGCCUGACCGUGGUGGCUGUGACCGUCUUCAUUUUUGAGUUCUUCAGCCCUGUGGGCUACAACCGCAGUCUCCAGACUGGCAAAAAGGCUGGAGGCUCUACUUUCACGAUAGGAAAGUCUGUCUGGCUUUUGUGGGCCAUUGUCUUCAACAACUCUGUGCCAGUGGAGAACCCCAGAGGAACCACCAGCAAGAUCAUGGUGCUGAUCUGGGCCUUCUUUGCUGUCAUCUUUCUGGCUUCCUACACUGCUAACCUGGCUGCCUUCAUGAUCCAGGAGGAGUACAUUGACACAGUGUCAGGCCUCUCGGACAAGAAGUUUCAGCAUCCCGAGGAGCAGUACCCACCUCUGAAGUUUGGCACAGUGCCCAACGGGAGCACAGAAAAAAACAUCCGCUCCAACUACCCAGACAUGCACCAGUACAUGGGAAAAUACAACCAGAGAGGAGUGGAGGAUGCCAUUCUGAACCUCAAGACUGGGAAACUGGAUGCUUUUAUUUAUGAUGCUGCAGUAUUGAACUAUAUGGCCAGGAAGGACGAAGGUUGUAAGGUGAUGACCAUAGGCUCGGGGAAGGUUUUUGCCACCACAGGCUACGGUAUCGCCCUGCACAAAAACUCACGUUGGAAACGUCCUCUUGACCUGGCCUUGCUGCAGCUGGUGGGAGAUGAUGAGAUUGAGAUGCUGGAGCGCCUCUGGCUGUCCGGUAUCUGCCAUAAUGACAAAAUUGAGGUGAUGAGCAGUAAACUGGAUAUUGACAACAUGGCCGGGGUCUUCUACAUGCUGCUGGUAGCUAUGGGCCUCAGUCUGCUGGUGUUUGCCUGGGAACACUUGGUCUACUGGAAGCUGCGCCACUGCAUGGCCACCAGUUCUGGGAAAUUAGACUUUCUCCUGGCAAUCAGCAGGGGCAUGUAUAGUUGCUGUAGUUUUGAGGAUGAAACAGCACCAGGUGGAGCUAAAGCUUUGCCUACUCAUCAUCAUACAGCAAUGGUUACUGUCCCGUCCCAGCCACAUGUUGUCUCAACAUCGAUGACCAGCCCAGCCAUUGCCAUGGCGCAACAGCAGCAGCCACCACAACAGCAGCAACCACAACCUGUGUACAAAACACCUCUACCGGGCUCUCCUCCCACUGUGGUGCAUUCUGGGACAGCAUUGGGUCCCUCCAACACCCCCAUUGCUGGUGCACCCCUCCCUUGCUCCACCUUCCUGCCCCGGCCAGACCGCAGACUGGCAGUGGUGGAUCGCUGGAGGCUGCCCAAAUCUGCUACAGCCACCAACCCAAUGGCUGUAAGGGGGGCCAUCACAGACAUGGGGCCCUUUGCUCAGAAAGUCCCACCAAACUGGGUUUCAACUGCUGGAGGGGGUGGGGGACUUGAUGGUUACAAGAGAUACUAUGGUCCCAUUGACCCUGAGGGACUGGGGCCCUGCAUGGAGCAGCAGGCAGGGUCCCAGACCCCCAAGACUAUGCCCAGGGGGGCCGUUAAACCUCUGGGCACUCCCAGACUGCCUCCUAAGAGUCAGGCCCCUCUGCCUCCUACACCCCCACUGCCACACCCCUCUCCCCCUCUCCCCUCAUCCUUCUGGAGGAAGCGCAGGCCCAAGAAGCCCAAAGAGCCUGGAGGGCCACUAUAUGAGAACAUUCUGCCCCUGGGGCGGAGGGGAGGCGCACGAGAUGGAGUGAGGGAGGGUGGAGGGAGGAGGGCACGCCCCCUCUCUCCCCCGCUCUCACUUCCUGUGCCAGUACCCCUCAGCCCCUCUUACACCCCUCCUUCUCCCUCUGCAUCCUUGCACUAUACGUCCUCGUCCUCUUCGUCGACCACCUCAUCUACAUCCACGUCUUCAUCUGCCUCAUCCUCUCGCUCCACCUCUCCCACCUACUCUUACAGCUCCUCCAGGAGCACACGAGACAGGACUGGAGGAAUAGAUGGAGAGGAUGAUGAUGAUGAUGAGGAGCUGACGGAAGAGUCCAGCCUCCUCCUUGGCAGGGGGAGGGAAAGGGAACGCUCAAUCAUCCGGCCUCGUUCCCUCAGCCACGGGCGCCUGCCCCCACCUAUACCCCCCAGGAAACCACGCACAUCCUGGUGUGACAGAGAAAGGGAGCGAGAGAGGGAGAGAGGGGGAAGCCAACUGUCUCAGCUCCAAGAGUGGUGGGCAAGCUGGAAUGAGCGAGAGAGGAGCGGAGCGGGUGGAGAUGCUGAGCGGCAAAAAAGGGAAAAGAAGAGAAGAAAAGAGAAGGAGAAAGAGAAGAAGAAAAAGAAAAAGAACAAAAAGAGGAAAAAGAGGGAAGAAAGGGAAAGAGAGAGAGAGAGAGAAAGAAAGCGACGAAAGGUGAAAAAGAAGAAGAAGAAAUAUCGGAGCACAUUUGGGGAGAAGAGUCGGGAUUCAUGGGAAGGAGAGCGGGAGAGGGGUAGAAGAGAAGCAGGAGAUGAGGGCAAUGAUAGGGAACAGGAGGACAGGAGCAGGGAGAGGCGUCCCAAAUCCUCACGCUCUCAUUCCAGACAUCAUACCCCCAAUAAGCGCUACCCAAACCUCAACAAACUCCCUGCAUCAGUCAAAUUUUGGGUGAAUGGAAGAGGAGACGAUUCUAAUACUCCUCCAACAUCCCUGCACCCGCUCCUUCCAUCCUCCAAGCGGAGAAGAAGUGGAGGGAUGGACAGAGAAGAUAGUGGGGAGUUUGGCCGUUUUGAAAGAUACUGGGAAGGGGGUGCAGGGGGUAGCAGCUCUGGAAUAGGCGGCAUAGGCGGAGGAGGGUGGUUCUUUGGCACCUACCCUUCCAGAGAGAAAGGGGGCAGCAUCAACAGUAGAGAUGACUCCUUACUAGGAACUCGAGCAGAGGGAUGGAUCGGUGCUGAUUUCUGGGGUUCAGGGCCAGGAGUAGGUUGGGGGUCAGGAGGAGGGAGUGGAGGGCUCGGCACACAGUGGCCACCACCACCCGCAGCCUUCCCUCCUCCUAGAAGAUACUGGUCGAUGGACAAGAUCCCUGUGAAGGGAGACAAAAAAUGGAAGAGUGGAGGAGGUAAGAGCAAGGGGCGAGCUAGGGACAGAGGGGAAGAAGCAGGACGGGCCACCAUGUGUUCCUGCAGCCUUUACCCCCAACCCCAUCCUUACCCACAUCCCCACAGCCGCUCUCACACCUCGCAUUCAAAGAGAGGAGCCACGGCGCUUUCACAUAGCCAGGAAGAGCUUCUCCCCCACUGCCACAGCUUCAGCGGGGGUUCUCGGCCCAAGCCUCUGCCCCCUAAACCAGAUCUUAGUCAGGCCAAAUCAGGCAGCCAAUCUAACCUCAGCCUCAGCACACAGCCCACAGACCAUCCACCGCAGCCCUCACCGUCACCACCCCAGCAGCCGUCCAUGUCUCCCACCGCUCUCCCGAUGCCCAUCCCGCCUCCGCCCUCUUCAUCCUCCGUCUCACCACCAGCAGGGGUCGGGAUGGCAGGCCAGGGCCAGGCUCAGGCUUCAGCCAGUGCCAAACUCCAGUAUCAGAGACUGCGCUCGGUGCCACAGCCACGGAGGUUCUACUCCCCCCACCUGCCACUCAAAGCCAAGAGCCUGUGCUCACGCCGAGGGUCGGCCCACUUCUCCAGCCUGGAGAGUGAGGUAUGA